AUGUCAUUAUCAGAUUCACCAAAUCAUGACAUUUAUGACAGACAUUUCCAAAAAAUAGAGAAAUUAACAGGCUCAAUAUCGAAGAGUAUAAGAUUAUCAACCGGUGAGUUGAUAUUUAUAGUAUCGUUUAUCGCUAAUUUCUUCUUGGGAAAAUUGAUCCAUAUAACUGCACAGCAUGAAGAGGUAUAUAACUACUACAAUAACAAGCGUAAUUUGUUUAACCAGUUGUUUGUUAAAAAGGGGUGGGGCUGGACCACAUUAGCUAUAGUGAUGUUUUAUUCGUUUUUGAUCUACGGCAAUCAUCACCCUAGUAUUCGUACUAAGCAACAAAGAAUUAGCGUGUUGAAAAAGGCAAUCUUUAAUUAUGCUAUUGCUACGAUAUGGUGGGUUCUUUUCACACAGUGGUGCUUUGGCUUGCCACUCAUGGAUAAGGUAUUUGUUUGGACAGGUGGCAAAUGUACUGGAAUAGCUCAGGAGAAAUUGGCAAACCACAUUCCGUCAUAUGGAACUUCGAGCAUAUUCACGGAGAUAGAGUCUGGUUUGAACUACGAAUCGAGGGCCAUAACGUCCUAUAUGUGCAGAAAAUUAAAAGGUAGCUGGGAAGGUGGCCAUGAUCCUUCGGGUCACGUCUUUUUACUUAUCCACUCGUCGUUAUAUUUGUUUUUAGAAGCAAUACCGUUCUGGAGUUCGUGGGCUACAUUAAAGCAUCAUUUGUGCCAAUUUAUAAGAAGUUGGAGACUGGCUACUGCUAGCAAAUCUCAAUUGCUCAUGGGUCUUUUUGCACAGGAUCCCCACACCGUUAUAAUCCCAUUGAUCUCUUUGUGGUGGUUCAUGCUAUUCAUGACUAACAUAUACUUCCAUUCGAUCGGUGAAAAGCUUGUGGGACUUGUUUUUGGUUACAUUGGACUUUCAGUCGUCUACUACAUUCCUAGAUGGUUAUAA